GGUUGCGGAGUAUGGUUAGGGACAAAAGGAUUUUUAAUCAAAGAAAUAACAACCACAUUGUUAGGUUCAACUUCAAGCUUAGUGACAUUGGGUUGUUUGGCUAGGAUAAGGCCAUCUCUAAGUUCCCAAAGCUCAGUGAGGAUAUUUGUACUAUUGCCUAUGAAUCCGGCAGAUCCAACAAUCCAUUGCCUUUCAUGGUUCCUAAUAAUGGCCUAAACCUAAGCUUUAUUAUAUUUUCAAAUGCCUUAAAAACUAUUAUCAUAGACACUUAAUCUCCACUUGAAACCACCAUCACCAACCAAAAAAUCCCAUUUGUUUCUUGCAAAAAAAUAAACUAAAAAAAAAAUCUCACAAACAACAACCAAAGGCCACAAUCAACACACAAGCUAUCCAUGAAUUUCAUGGUCCAAGAAACUCUAAUAAACACAUCUUUCUCAAAAAAAAAAAAAAAACCUUUAUAACGAAAGAAAGUUGGACAACGUAAAGGAAUUCCAUUCCGCCUAUCCAAACAUGAGAGAGAAAAGCACAUAUUAUAAAGUCGAGCAUAUCUACUGUGACCAUCACGCGAGAUGGAAACCAAGAAAAGAACAAUUUCCUACUUUUAUGUUCUAAAAUAUAUGUGAUUUUCGAUUCAGUAAAGUAUUUGUAGUUUCCUUUCCUUUCCUUAUCGGUUCUCAGACUAUAUAGAAAUCGACGUCCGGCACAAACAUAGCUCAACUACCUUCUUUCAUUCUCAAAGGCUUGAUCGGAGUCAAAUCCCAAAACGAAGAUGGAAUUUGACAUGGAAACUGUGGCGGCAUCGGUCGGGGUAUCGGUGCCGGUGCUUCGGUUCCUUUUGUGUUUCGUGGCGACGAUACCGGUCGGUUUUCUAUGGCGACUUGUUCCAGGUAGACUAGCUAAGCACGUUUACUCAGCCUUUUCAGGAGCGUUGCUUUCCUAUCUGUCAUUUGGGUUCUCUUCGAAUCUGCAUUUCUUUGUGCCCAUGUUGUUGGGUUAUGCUGCAAUGGUUCUUUAUCGGCCAAAGUGUGGGAUUAUCACAUUUUUCUUGGCUUUCGGUUAUUUAAUUGGCUGCCAUGUAUAUUACAUGAGUGGGGAUGCAUGGAAGGAAGGAGGCAUUGAUGCCACUGGAGCGUUGAUGGUGUUGACACUGAAAGUCAUUUCAUGUGCAAUAAAUUACAAUGAUGGGUUGUUGAAUGAGGAAGAGUUACGUGAGGUUCAGAAGAAAUAUCGGUUGAUUGAGUUGCCUUCAUUGAUUGAAUAUUUUGGGUACUGCCUCUGCUGUGGUAGUCACUUUGUUGGUCCAGUUUAUGAGAUGAAGGACUACCUUGACUGGACUGAAAGGAAAGGGAUUUGGGCUCAUUCAGAUAAAGGACCAUCACCUUAUGGAGCAACUUUCCGAGCACUUAUACAAGCUGCUUUUUGCAUGGCAUUGUAUCUUUACCUUUUACUGUAUUAUCCCUUGUCACGGUUUACUGAACCCAUAUACCAAGAAUGGGGAUUCUGGAGGAAGUUGACUUACCAGUAUAUGUCUAGCUUUACAGCACGGUGGAAAUAUUAUUUCAUCUGGUCAAUUUCUGAGGCCACUAUUAUUAUAUCUGGCCUUGGUUUCAGUGGAUGGACAGAAUCUUCACCACCUAAACCAAAAUGGGAUCGUGCGAAGAAUGUUGACAUCCUAGGAGUUGAGUUAGCAAAGAGUUCAGUGGCGUUACCACUGGUCUGGAACAUACAAGUCAGCACCUGGCUUCGUCACUAUGUUUAUGAGAGACUUAUUACGAAGGGGAAGAAACCUGGUUUUUUCCAGUUGCUGGCCACACAGACUGUCAGUGCUGUUUGGCAUGGACUGUAUCCUGGGUACAUCAUAUUCUUUGUUCAGUCAGCUCUGAUAAUUGCUGGUUCAAGAGUUAUUUACCGGUGGGAACAAGCUAUACCUAGGAAUAUGGCUCUCGUGAAGAAAGCACUUGUCUUCAUGAACUUUGCUUACACACUUUUGGUUCUGAACUACUCUGCUAUUGGUUUUUUGGUAUUAAGCUUGCAUGAGUCGCUUGCCUUGUUCAGGAGUGUAUAUUAUAUUGGAACCAUCCUUCCAAUAGCAUUGAUUCUGCUUGGUUACAUAAUACCUGCAAAGCCUGCCCGAUCUAAAGCUCGUAAAGAACAUUCUAUAUUCUCACGACUAGAUGAAUUGGAGACAAUUAUGAAUCAAUAUUUGUGGCCGAAGCUUUCUGGUGUUAAUAUCCAAUAUUUGUAUUUGAGUUUGGACGGGUUGUGUGUGUUUUUGGGGUUCAAGUAAGUUUUAUUAGUUAUAAGCGGAAGUUUUUGUUUUACCGUGUUUCUUGCGUGUGGUGCGAUUUUUCCAGCUUUUCUUUUGGAUUUGGGGUCGCCAUGGCGAUGGUAUUGCUUUCCAAAUCGCAAAUUCGAUCGGCAAAUGUUCUGAUCCUACCUAAACGCUGACAAGCCAGAAUUAGAGUGUAGGUAUCUAGUUAUUUAUCAGUAUUAGAGAU